AUCCCUUAGAAUAGCCAUUGUUCUUCUCCGUUUCUCUUCCUUUCGAAUAUCCAUUUCGAGAUUCUUCACAAAUGGCCCUUUCUUGCUCCAAAGUUUCAACCUUUUCCCUCUCACCUGUUGUGGGUGAUGCUCCAAAAAACCUCGCUUUUUCAUCUUCUGUGAGCUUUGUUCUCUCUCCUUCUUUUUUGAAAAUUUCUAAGGUUGGUGGAAACAGGAACUUGAGGGUGUGUGCUGCUUCAAAUGCGCCAGCACCACUCACUGGGGUGAUUUUUGAACCCUUUGAAGAGGUCAAGAAGGAAUCUCUUUCUGUUCCAGUGGCACAUCAUGUUUCCUUGGCUCGUCAGAAUUAUGCUCCUGACCCUGAAGCUGCAAUCAAUGAGCAGAUAAACGUGGAAUACAACGUUUCCUAUGUGUACCAUUCCAUGUUUGCAUACUUCGACAGGGACAACGUAGCUCUCAAGGGACUUGCCAAGUUCUUUAAGGAAUCAAGUGAAGAAGAAAGAGAGCAUGCGGAAAAGCUUAUGAAAUAUCAGAACAUUCGUGGUGGACGAGUUGUGCUGCACCCUAUCACGAGUCCUCUCUCAGAAUUUGAGCAUGUAGAAAAAGGGGAUGCAUUGUAUGCUAUGGAAUUAGCUUUGUCUUUGGAGAAGUUGACCAAUGAAAAGCUUCUCCAUGUUCACAGUGUGGCAGAAAGUAACCAUGAUGUUCAACUGGCAGAUUUCAUUGAGAGCGAGUUUUUGUAUGAACAGGUUAAAGCAAUUAAAAAGAUAGCAGAAUAUGUGACUCAACUGAGAUUGGUUGGAAAGGGUCAUGGUGUCUGGCACUUCGAUCAAAGUCUUCUCCAUGAUGAACAUCAUGUAUAAGAUUGAACAGCAUGCUUUCUUUUCUACACUUGGUGCUUUGUCAAGUUUGUGUAUUGUUCUAUGUUUGUAGAAUAGUGAAUAAUUGUUACCUCCUAGGUGAUGAGAUGUAGGAACUCGUGUAUUAUAGUUGUUAGUAUUAUGUGAAAUUUAGAUAGUUUGUAGCAUGCAAGUAUUUUGUUAUAAAUAAAAAAUGAUGUCUUGGCUGGUUCAAGGGGAAGUGAAAAUUUUCUUAU